UGCGGGGAGUAGUGGUUUCCUCUUCCCUGAUGACUGAGCUCCCUGCUGCUCUGGUGUCACCCAGCUCGGGGACCCUGCUCCGCGGAGCCAAGGAACCGAGGGCUUGAAGACGUGCAGCUCUCGGGAUGUACUGAGCACUAUGCUCCAGCACCACGGCCUAGAGUUGGUACCUUUGGUCCUGUGCAACCACGCCAAUGGAGAGGGAGCUGUUAACACCCUACAUUUCUGUUGAACAGGGUAACUGGAUUGGUGCACAGGGGGAAUGCGGUGGACAAGGCUCUUGACACAGACCCACAUGACGUUCUGAUAGAGAGGACACUUUGAAUGGUUUAUAAGAAGAAAGCAAGAUGGACGGAAGUCAGCCCCACACCGAGACUCCCACGGCUCCCAAGAGGAUCUCUCUGCUUUCCUCUCCCAUGCGGGCAGUCGUCCGUCUGCGACGAAAAGUCCAGUUCCUGAAGAAAAGUCGCCUACAUCUGAACCUUCCCAGAGAACAAUCUCCAGAGCUGGUCCAAACUAGGCUUCUUCAAAGGCAGAUUUCCUUGAGCCGAACAAACCUGUAUAACCCUUCCAUGUCCCUCUUUAAUCAAGCCACUUUUGACAAUUCUCAGUACUUCACCUUUGACACUUCUGUGGACCAGCCAAUGGUGAAUAAAUACAAACGGAAGAAGACCCGCAGGAAGUCCAGGGUGGUGUUGUAUCCAGAAAGCUCCAAAAAGUACCUUCCAACAGAGCAAAAGAGUAAAGCAAAGCGCUGCCUUCUCUUGCUCAUUGGCAUCAUCUGCUUCCAAAUACUAAAUGCUAUUGAGAAUCUGGAUGACAACCUUCAGAAGUAUGACCUAGAUGGGCUGGAGAAAACCUUGCACCGGGAAGUAUUUGGGCAGAAGGUGGCUGUGGACAGAAUUAUGGAAUUGUUGAAAGACUACCUGGCCACCCACAUACACAACAAGCCAUUAGUGAUCUCCUUCAAUGGCCCACCUGGGGUCGGAAAGAGCCAUGUUGGAUGGCUGCUGGCUAAACACUUCCGUUCAGUCAUGGACAAUGACUUUGUGCUUCAGUACUUUGUGAUGCACCACUGUCCAAACAAGGAGGCUACUCCUGCUUGCCAAUCGGAUUUGUCUGAAAAGAUUUCUGAGAUGGUCACCAGAGCAGAGAUAGAAGAGAAGAUACCAUUGUUUAUUCUGGAUGAGGUUGAGCUCAUGUCUCCAGUCCUGUUGGAUACGCUCAGCAGAUUCUUCCAACCGAACCAGACCAACGAGUUCCUCAAUGCCAUCUACAUUCUAAUAAGCAACGUAGGGGGCAGUGAAAUCACAUCGUUUGCCCUCCAGAAUGUUUCCAGUGACCUUCUGCACCAGCAAAGAAAAAUAGAAGAACUGCUGUACAUUAUCCAGCCUAUUCUGACCCACUUCCACCCUCUUUGGAAGUCUGCUGACAUCAUCCCAUUUGGUCUGCUGGAGAAGAGUCAUGUCAUAAACUGCAUCUUGGAGGAGAUGAUGCGGGAAGGGCUGUAUCCCGAUCAGAGCCAUAUUGAGAAUUUAGCUAGCCAGCUCAGCUAUUACACUACAGGAGGCAGGGAGUAUGCCAUAACUGGCUGCAAGCAGGUCGGAGCCAAAGUCAAUCUGCUGUAGCAGCAACCAUAAAUAAGAGGCCAAAUCCUGUUCUUGGCACUUUGCACUCAGUGGAGAUAGCCUGGCUCUACGCUGGCAUGACUGACAGCAGAUUUUGGCCCAAGAUGCAUUUCUUCAAGGGGACAGAUACGAAGCUGUCCCAGUGACCACGUUAUAAGAGGGUUCCAGGAGGCAGGACAGCAGCUGUCACCUCUUCUAAGAUGAGCUCUGUUCUCCUAUUGAUUUAUCGGACUUGAGUCACUGAACUCCCACUGUCCUGCAAAUAAUCCCCUGUUGACUAAGGCCAGGAGCUCUCCCUGAGGAUAUGUCUGCAAAGCAAUUUAAGGCCGGGUCUGAGCCCGGGCACAAGCCAAAGCCCCUUGUGUCCACACUGUAAAUGUGCUAGCCUAGGGCUCCAGAUCCAAGGACCUAGGACCCUGCAGGGCUGGAGGAUCCGAGCCCUAUUGCUUUCCUGUGUGUACGUGGCCCCAACCUGAUUGGGGUCCGGAAGUCCUCUGGAUGUAUCCCAGAGUUCCCGGCGGCAUCAUUCCUGCCUGGCAGAGCGCGCUCCCUGUUCCUGCUCCUCUCACAGCAGCUGCUCCUGCGCCAGCUCCUCCUCGCUGCUGCGCGGAGUUUGCCUGGAGCAGGGAGCAGAGCUGACAGGUGGGAGGUGGCUCCUGGGGGUCAUCCCUCCGCCGACCGUGCUGAGCCAAAAGCUCUGCCGCUCGCCCUCUGCGCAGCUUGGUCCUGCUCUGCUCUCUGUGCCUUGCUCCUGGCCCUCCCUGGGCACCUGGGCCGUGUGCACUGUCAGGGUGCUGAGUAGGCACCAGCCCCCAAACUUCCCCACAGCCUCCCAGGGAUCCCUUAUCCCUGCCUCCUGGGGUGAGGCAGGAGCCAGGGUAAGGGGAUUGCUGGGAGGUGCUGAAGCAUGCUUCACCCCAAGCCCUGGCCAUGCACUUUACCGCUCUGCAGCCAGCAGCAGCCGGGCAGGGUGGGGGUGUGUGUGUGUUUUUCCUCUAAAACCAGCAAAGUGCAUCCGACGAAGUGGGGAUUCACCCACGAAAGCUCAUGCUCCAAAACAUCUGUUAGUCUAUAAGGUGCCACAGGACUCAUUGCUGCUUCUACAGAUCCAGACUAACACGGCUGCCCCUCUGAUACAUGUUUUUCCUCUGAUACCUUCAUUUUAGGUCGAACUUCUGGGCACUGCAGUGUGGAUGCCAGAGCCCUAGGUUUGAGCACGGGUCAGAAAAUCCUUAACCUAGGGUUAAAAUGCAACGUAGACACUCAAGCCCAGCGUUCCCUGACACAGGUCAGCUGACUCGAGCCCCACUAACCCGAGGCUUACAUUGCUGUGUAGACAGCCUCCAGUCGUAUUGCGUCCCUCAUACACACGUACCUAGCAGUUCAUUCAUUGGUGAUGAGUCAGCAAGUCUAGGAGAUGAGACUAAAUCCCCCAGUAUAUGUACACGGCAGAAGGGAUUUAAUGUGGGGGAGAUGGGGAGACAUUUGGGGUGACAGACUCAUCAGCAUGCUUAGCUUGGUCUCACUUUGUCUUCACAUUCGGAAUAGGCAAUCUCUGCCUUUCCAGGGUCUGGCUGGACCGGCGAUGAAGGGUAACUGGCUGAGGAUCAGUCUAGCCAGGCUGGAGAUGAUGCUGGCAGGUAAGGGAAACAUUUGGAAUAGCGGGUGCAGACUGUGACUGUUACCCACCGACCCUUGGUGUCAGAAUGAUGCAUUCUUGGGUUCUUUUUCUCCACGGCUGCUCUUGGAUUCCCAGGCAACAGCAGUCUCCUGGAAUACGUUCUACCAUCUCUGGUUGCCUUAGAAGUUGUAGCCCUUUAUACCUGAGGCAGACUGUGCCUUUGUCACUUCCAGGCUAGAUUCCUGCAAUGCACUUUUCUUGGGACUACCCUUGAAAACUACUCGGAAGCAUCAGCUAGAGGAGAAUGCAGCUGCCUGCUUGUUAAGGUUUUCCACAUGUGGCCUUUGGUAUAAAUGCUGCUGCUUGUUUGUUUCUAAGUACGAUUUACAGCACUGAUUAUCUAGAGAGCCCUUACAUGGGAAUUCACAGAUGCAAGGUAAUGUGCAUUUUGAACUGUUCGUGCACAUUGCUGGGUUCGAAAACGAUGCCAGAACAGGCGCUGGGCAUCAUGGGAACAGCUCUGUGAAACCCGUACUCACUGGGCAGCCGCCAUCAAAAACAAAAAUAUUAAGUUGCAGGAGGAACAGGAGAGGAAACAGCAUUGAAAAAUAUGAUAAUGCCAUUGUUCUGGAGCGCCAGUCACCUCUCUGCUGGUAAAGGUUGCAACCAGCUUCCAUUAUAAAGCCCUGUUCUAGCCCUGCUGUAACCCUAGCUUGGAAAUCUGGUACAUGCAAAGUUUCAACGAAAUGUACACCUUGGCGUUCCAGGUUUUAUAAUAUUUCCCCAAUUAGAAAUACUGUCUGUUGUCUAAGCUUUCUGCGUCUCUGUCUAGCUCAAAAUCAGUUUGUUGUCUUCUCACUUCCUGUACCGUUAACUCUCCUUGAACAUUCAUGUGCAGUGGAAGAAUUGAUGAAAAUAGCAUGUAAUUAAGCAAAGGUGUUGGUGACUUUUUUAUAGGCCAAUCCUGUUUGUAUCGAUUUCACUGGAAUUAUGUGAAUAAUGGAUUUUUUUUUGUGGACAUUCUGAAAUAUGUAUCAAAAUAUGGUUUGGAUCCUUUUUUUUUAAAAUUUUCUAAGUAAAUUCAAAAAGAAAAGUCAUUUUGAA